ACAGGUCUGAUGCAGUUUUCUUUUUUCUAAGGACAGCCACUUGGACACAGGACAGUCAUGAGGAAGCUGCUCCUUCUCACUUUACUGGUCGCUGACGUCUGCGGAUGUGGCCUUCCCGCCUACCCUCCUCUGCCGGCUCGAGUGGUUGCAGGAGUGGACGUUAAGCCACACAGUUGGCCGUGGCAGGUUUCUCUCCAGUCAGACAGCAGUGGGCGCUGGAGUCAUGUGUGUGGGGGAACUUUGAUCGCACCCGAGUGGGUCCUCACUGCUGCGCACUGCAUUAAUGGCCGUCACAACUAUAGAGUGGAAGUGGGUAAGCACAGCUUAAAGGCGAGUGAGGAAAACUCGGCAGCUCGGAGGGCGGCCCGGAUCAUCAUCACCCAUGAGGGCUACAACAUCCUGCUCAGCCGAAACGACAUAGCCCUGAUCAAGCUCUCCUCCCCCGUGGUCUUCUCUGACACCAUCAUGCCAUCCUGCCUCCCAUCACGUCAUGCCGUCCUUCCCCAUGGUGCUGCAUGCUACAUAACUGGCUGGGGUCGGUUGUCCACUGACGGUUUGCUAGCUGACAUCCUGCAGCAGGCUCUCCUGCCAGUGGUCGACCAUGACACCUGCUCGCACCCCGAUUGGUGGGGCAUCCUGGCAACCGACAAGAUGGUCUGCGCUGGUGGAGACGGCAUCACUGCUGGCUGUAAUGGAGACUCCGGGGGUCCUUUGAACUGCCAGAACCCCGAUGGCUCCUGGACCGUGCAUGGCGUGGUGAGCUUUGGUUCAGGGCAGGGCUGUAACUUCUUCCAGAAGCCAACCGUGUUUACUCAAGUCAGCUCCUACCUGGACUGGAUUAACAGAGUUAAGAGCAACUACUGAUGCAGCUGUUCAAAGGGCAACCUAAAAUGGUCUGAUACUAAUAAUAAAUUGUCGAAUAUGAACAACAAGGGGAAAAACUUUGAUCACUGUCUUUUACAUCGGAUAUUUUAUGGUCAUAUCUGUCAGAUUUACGCCAAAACAACGAAUGACUGCAUCAUGCUGCUUAUAUUGUGGAGUCGACUUUCGCCCUGGUCUCCUUUUUAUUGUACCAAAUGACAUGAACAUCUCAUCCUAGGAAAUAUGUAUUUCGUUUGUAGUUGGCGAAGCAGGUUUAAAUGCUACUAUACAUACAGAAUCGUUGUUCCUUCAAAGUUAAAAAAAAAAAAAGAAAACACGGUUUACUGAAAUCUUUUUAUUCCAAUAUAAUACUCUCAAAAUAAAUUGCUUUCAGUUCAAACUGGUGAAAAGGCAUUUUUACGAAUAUAUCUUCACAAUUCACACACACACACACACACACAAACACACACACACAAAGGAUUUAAGUCCUAAGAAACAUGAAACAGCAUAAAUGUGUUCGGACUCUCAAUGGAAAACCAAAUGUUUUCUGCACUCGCCAUUCGCCACAGAGAACUGUUUACCUUAUCACCGGCUUAAUUAUUACAAUCUUUUAUUCCUGGAAGAUAAACUCUUGCAAACAAAUGAGGCACUCCAUGAGGAGAAUCAGUAAAUACAACGGAGAAGGGUUAUUCCAGGGGAGGUUCGGGACAAAAUGACUUGUUGCUUCGUACAAAUAUGCUCGCAGUGUAUCAUUAAUUCCUCUUUUGCCACUAACACCACCACUUGAUUCCAUUCAAACACAGGGCAAAA